AUGAAAUGCUUUUCUAAUUUUAAUUAGUUAAUUGACAGCAUAAUAUCUAAAAUUAGAAUUUUGCUAAUUCAGGAAUUGAAGAGAAAAAUUUUGAAUGAGGGAUUUAAAUAUAGAUACAUUGAUCAAAAACCAUAUUUUAUCAAGAAGAUGAUACUAGCAUCUAAGUUUCCCACCUAAAUUUCCUAAAGGUAAGGCUAUAAUUCUUAACAAUUAGAUUUCUAAACUAACUAGCCAACUUUUGCACUACAGGUUUUUUAUUAAUUUUAAUCUUUGAUAAAUAUUCCAUUGUGAUUAUUGAGCAUCUCCUUUUAAGAAUAUAAAAAAUUUUAAGAUUAGUUCAUAAUAACAGAAUAAAUAGAUCCGAGAGUAGCUUUAGUUUUUAGAAGUAAAUAUACAUUAACUGUGUAAUAAUAACAAUUUAUAAAUUGAAUUCAAAUUUUAUUUAGGUUGAUAAUUGUUUAUUUAAUUUGAAAUGA